GUCAAAGCUAACAGAACAACUUGAGAAAUAUACAGACUUUCAGUGAUAUACAUUUACUAGGUGAUAAUACCGUGUUCAUUUCAACAUUUAAAAAAAACUUCCUGCUAACAAAAAGUGUGAUUGUGACAAUUCUUUAUUUUUUGAAAGAUAUUAACAAGAACACAGUAUCAUGUAUGAGGAAGAUAUCCUUAGCCAGAGAGCCAGAGCUUUCCCUCUUAGUCAUGGAUUGAUGCCAACACCACAAGCCUUUUCAUUUGGAUUCCCAAUGCAUCCCGCUCAUGAUCCAAUGGCCCUUGCUGGUCAAGCUCAACAAUAUGGUGGCUACCCGCAUCUGUCUACUCCCGACCCCAAAAGAAUGUUAGGCAGUGGUCAGAAUGAGACAGCCGACAAAAACAUCAAAAUAACUUUAGAAAACCGUGAUUUAUGGCAGAAAUUCCACAAUAUCGGCACAGAAAUGAUUAUUACCAAGACUGGAAGACGAAUGUUUCCUAUCUUGAAGUGUAGUUUAGAUGGUUUAGAUCCCCAUGCUAAAUAUAUAUUGUUGGUUGAUUUGGUACCAGUUGAUGAUUGUCGUUAUAAAUAUCACAACUCAGAAUGGGUGGUAACUGGUAAAGCUGAACCUCAUAUGCCUGGUAGACUUUAUAUUCAUCCUGAUUCACCAGCUUCUGGUGCGCACUGGAUGAAACAACCGGUACCAUUCCACAAACUCAAACUUACAAAUAACAAUCUGGAUCAGAACGGACAUGUGAUUCUCAAUUCUAUGCACAAAUAUCAACCCCGUGUUCACGUUGUGCAGGCUAAUGAUAUAUUUACUAUGAGAUGGAAUACUUUCAACACAUUUGCUUUUGAGGAAACCAUGUUUAUUGGUGUGACAGCUUACCAGAACGAACAGAUCACCCAAUUAAAGAUUGACAACAAUCCUUUCGCUAAAGGCUUCAGAGAUAAUGGCAUGGCAAGAAGAGAUCACAGAUUAAGCUUGAAAAGACCUAACAGUGAAGAUGGUUGCAAUGAUGACAUAAAAGUAGAAAAUCCAGCUAAACGACUGAAGAAUCUGGAUGAUGUUGAACCGAAUUCAAUGAAACUGAAAACGUCGACACACAACCCUCCAGUAACACCUAAAACAGAUAUGAACGAACAACUCACAGAUUCGUCAGCCAGCUCUCCAACAGACGGCAGUGAUAGCGAUCUUUCAUCCUGUCUCAAAUCAGAAAGUAUUUCUCCUCUAGAGAAACCCCGAGGGCACCACGACUCCAGCCCCGAUCUACCCAACCCCUGUCAGUUCAGCACCAUGAAAUCUUAUAACCAAGCUUGCAUGCCGAACGACCAGUCUUAUUAUUCUCACCAUUCUUCAGUCAGUCGUGUUCAGAGCAGUUCUUUUCUUCCAGUCUCUUCCACGACGGGUUUACUUCAACCAAUGACCAGCAACCUGUUCUCCAUGAACUCCCAGAUGCAACCCUGUCGAUUAUCCGGGCAGACCAACGACUGUGCUCUUCGACAAUCUGGUUUAGGAUCUCCCUCUCAUGGUUACGGUAUUCGAACAACACCACCUCAGCACCACCCAUCGUUAUCAUCUGGUUUAUCAUCGUGUACGUACAUGCAGUCAGCUCAGCCGUACGCCUCACACCUCACCCCUAACAUGCAUAUGAUGAACAUGAACUUCACUGGACCUAUGGCAUGAAUUCUCAAUGGCUCUUAGUAGCGCUUUAAGAAUUUAAAUAAAUUAACUUAUUAUCGAGUGUCGACGUAGCAAGACGCGAAGGGCAGGAGCUGGCCGCGUAAGUGAUAUACGCAGUCAGAAUAACCAACGCAAGUAUUGAGCCAGUUAUAAGUGGUGCAGGAAUUAAGCUGUUUGGA